AUGAAGUUCUUCACCACCGCUCUUGUCUCCGCCGCUGCCGUCUCGGCCUCUUCUGUCUUUGAGGUCAAGGACUUCUCUGCCGACUGCAUUCCUCACAGCUCUCAGUGCCGAUAUGCUUUCCACGUAAUCCAGCCCGGCACCAUGGAGACAUGGGAGAACCCUGUCCACUGCGUUGCCCUGGUUCAGUCCAACGACGGUCUCCUGCCCAACGUCAAGGGUGCUGGUUGCGACGAGUCAUCCCGAACCUUCGAUAUUACGCGUGGCAAGAAGGGUCUAACCUUCACUGUCUCUCAGCCCGUCACACCCUCCAGUAACCAGACUGGCAAGCACUUCAUUCCCAACAAGGAGUUAUGGGUCUCUAAGAAGCCUAAUGCCGAGGUUCAAGCCUACAAGGGCCCUGAGGAGUUUAGCCUCAACUACUAA